AUGUGUCUCACUGGUCACCUACCACUGGGUCCUGCAAAACCAUGCUCCGCCUCACCACCACACUCUGUAAAUAUCUGUGUUUGUGUUUAUGUAUGGUAUGAGUAUGGAUGCAUACAUUUUUAUGUAUAUACCUUUGUGUUAAACAAAUACUUCUUGUUCUGUUUUUUAGCUGUUGCCGUAGAGACAGUAACCACCUGUCUGGUCGAAACUGUUCAACGCCUGAGCUGUGAAACUGGGGUGAUCAGUGUGCAGGAAGCACUGUAUGGACGUACAGACAGUAAGACCUGCACUGAGGGAAAACCUCCGGAGCAACUUGCCAAUACAAAUUGCAUUCAAGGUGGCACAGUGGACGUCAUCAAGAAAAGGUGUGAUGGAAAAAAAGUGUGUGAAAUAAGCGUGAAUGUCUUUGGGACACCUGAUCCCUGCCCUGGCACCUUCAAAUACCUGCAGACCAAGUAUUCCUGCCUCCCAGCAAUUCAUCAAGUGACAUGCGAGCACUCUUUCAUGCAGUUGCACUGUGAUCAAGGCCAGGUUAUAACUCUCUACGGUGCUGAUUAUGGGCGCCGUGACCAGACCACGUGCAUUUACAAACGGCCUGCCACUCAGAUCGGAAACAUCGACUGCUCAAACCCCACCAGCGUUGUUUCUAGCAGGUGCGAUGGGAAAAACAGCUGUCUUAUCGAAGCAAGCAACUCAGUGUUUGGAGACCCCUGUGUAGGCACUGUCAAGUACCUGGAGGUGGCUUACAUAUGUGAAUAUCCUUCGACCAAUACAGAGGAAUCCAGCCAUCAGUCCCAUCAGCCCGGAUCUUCUGAAACCAUGCUCCACUUCAGACUCUGCACCACGCUGUUGCUGGCAGCAACAUGGUCACUGACAGUUGUUUGCACAGAGAGAGCUAUCACCUGUGGAAACUCCAGGAACGUCCAUCGUCUGAGCUGUGAUACUGGAGUGAUCAGUGUUCAGACAGCAGUGUAUGGACGUUCAGACAAUGAGACCUGCAGUGAGGGAAGACCUCAGAGACAGCUUGCCAAUACAGAGUGCGCUCAAGAUGGCACAGUGGACGUCGUCAAGAGAAGGUGUGAUGGCAAGAGGCAGUGUGAACUAAACUUAAACGUUGUUUCUACCCCUAAUCCCUGCCCAGGCAUCUCCAAAUACCUGGAAACCAGCUACAUCUGCUUCCCAGCAAUUCGCCUUGUUGCAUGUGAGGGCUCUUUGGCACACCUCCAGUGUGCCAAAGGACAGGUGAUAUUUGUCUAUGGUGCUGACUAUGGACGCCGUGACCAGACCACUUGUGCCUUCCGACGUCCUCCUUCUCAGCUUGAUGAUGUCCUCUGCUUACGCCCCACCACCAAAGUUGCUGAAAGCUGUAAUGGGAAAAACAGCUGUACCAUCAGGGCAAGUAACUCAGUGUUUGGCGAUCCCUGUGUUGGCACUUACAAGUACCUGGAGGUGGCCUACAUAUGUGAAUAUCCUGGGCUCACUCCAUUGCUGCAGAAGCUUACAGGGCAUUAGCCUAUUUAACAUACUGAAAUGACUUCAGUCAUAUCACAAUAAACAUGCAUU